UAUAACUGGACAGUUUUCAUCUAGUGUGGAAGAAACAAGCCAGCAAAUACAAACCACUCAGAUUUCAUCUACCACUGAACCAGAAUCUACAUCGAGAGGACAGUCUACUUUUACAACUGCUAUAACACCUAUGAAUCUGACCUCAUUACAGUCGUCUACCAUUGAUGGUGGUUCAACACAACAAGCUACAUUGUCCACAACAGGAACAGCUUCAUCUCAUGCACAACAAUCGACUACGACUGAAGGACAAAGUUCUUCAGAAUUCACUUCAUUUAUAACUGGACGAUUUUCAUCUAGUGUGGAAGAAACAAGCCAGCAAACACAAACCACUCAGAUUUCAUCUACCACUGAACCAGAAUCUACAUCGAGAGGACAGUCUACUUUUACAACAGAUCUAACACCUAUGAGUAUGAUCUCAUUACAAUCAUCUACCAUUGAAGGUGGUUCAACACCAGAAGCUACAUUGUUCACAAAAAGUAUGACUUCAUCUCCUGAACCACCAUUGCCUACGACUGAAGGGCAAAGGAACUCAGAAUUCACUUCAUCUGCAAUAUGGAUGUCUUCAUCUAAUGUUGAACAAACAAGUCAGCAAACACAAACCACUCAAAAAUCAUCUACCACAGAAUCAAAAUCUAAAACAACAGCUGAAUCCACUUUUACAACAGAUCUAACACCUAUGAGUAUGAUCUCAUUACAAUCAUCUACCAUUGAAGGUGGUUCAACACAAGAAGCUACAUUGUUCACAAAAAGUAUGAUUUCAUCUCCUGAACGACCAUUGCCUACUACUGAAGGGCAAAGGACCUCAGAAUUCACUUCAUGUGCAAUAGGGAUGUCUUCAUCUAAUGUUGAACAAACACGCCAGCAAUCACAACCCACCCAAACUCCAUCUACUACAGAAUCACAGGCUACAGAGACAGCACAAUUAACUCAUCCAACAGCCGUGACACCUAUGAGCCUGACCUCAUUACAGUCAUCUACCAUUGAAGGUAGUUCAACACAACAAGGUACAUUGUCCACAACAGGUAUACCUUCGUCUCCUGCACAAUCAUCGACUGCAACUGAAGCGGAAAGUAAUUCAGAAUUCACUUCAUCUUUAACUGAAAACUUUACAUCUAGUGUGGAACAAACAAGCCAGCAAACACAAACCACUACAAUUUCAUCUACCACAAAACCAGAUUCUACAAAGACAACACAAUCAACUUUUACAACAAUUGUAACACCUGUGGGUAUGACCUCAUUCCAAUCAUCUACCGUUAAAGGUGGUUCAACACAAGAAGCUACAUUGUUCACAACAGGUACGCCUCCGUCUUUUGCACCUCCAUUGCCUACAUCUGAAGGGCAAAGUACUUCAGAGUUCACUUCAUCUGCAAUACAGAUGUCUUCAUCUAAUGUUGAACAAACAAUCCAGCAAUCACAAACCACCCAAUUUCCGUCUACUACAGAAUCACAGGCUACACAGACAGCACAAUUAACUUUUACAACAGCUGUAACGUCAUUACAGUCGUCUACCAUUGAAGGUGGUUCAACACAACAAGCUACAUUGUCCACAACAGGAAUGGCUUCAUCUCCUGCACAACCAUCGACUACAACUGAAAAACAAAGUUCUUCAGAAUUCACUUCAUCUAUAACUGGACAGUUUUCAUCUAGUGUGGAAGAAACAAGCCAGCAAAUACAAACCACUCAGAUUUCAUCUACCACUGAACCAGAAUCUACAUCGAGAGGACAGUCUACUUUUACAACUGCUAUAACACCUAUGAAUCUGACCUCAUUACAGUCGUCUACCAUUGAUGGUGGUUCAACACAACAAGCUACAUUGUCCACAACAGGAACAGCUUCAUCUCCUGCACAACAAUCGACUACGACUGAAGGACAAAGUUCUUCAGAAUUCACUUCAUUUAUAACUGGACGAUUUUCAUCUAGUGGGGAACAAACAAGCCAGCAAAUACAAACCACUCAGAUUUCAUCUACCACUGAACCAGAAUCUACAUCGAGAGGACAGUCUACUUUUACAACAGAUCUAACACCUAUGAGUAUGAUCUCAUUACAAUCAUCUACCAUUGAAGGUGGUUCAACACCAGAAGCUACAUUGUUCACAAAAAGUAUGACUUCAUCUCCUGAACCACCAUUGCCUACGACUGAAGGGCAAAGGAACUCAGAAUUCACUUCAUCUGCAAUAUGGAUGUCUUCAUCUAAUGUUGAACAAACAAGUCAGCAAUCACAAACCACUCAAAUUCUGUCUACUACCGAAUUACAGGCUACAGAGACAGCACAAUUAACUCAUCCAACAGCCGUGACACCUAUGAGCCUGACCUCAUUACAGUCAUCUACCAUUGAAGGUAGUUCAACACAAGAACCUACAUUGUUCACUACAGGUAUGCCAUCGUCUCCUACACAACCGUCAACUACAACUGAAGGACAAAGUAAGUCAGAAUUCACUUCAUCUAUAACUGGAAACUUUACAUCUAGUGUGGAACAAACAAGUCAGCAAACACAAACCACUCAAAAAUCAUCUACCACAGAAUCAAAAUCUAAAACAACAGCUGAAUCCACUUUUACAAAAGAUGUAACACCUAUAAGUAUGAUCUCAUUACAACCAUCUACCGUUGAAGGUGGUUCCACACAAGAAGCUACAUUUUCCACAUCAGGUACAUCUUCGUCUCCUGCACAACCAUCGACUUCGACUGAAGAACAAAAUGCUACAUUGUCCAAAACAGGUAUAACUUUAUCUCCUGGACCACCAUCGCCUACAACCGAAGGACAAACUAUAUCAGAAUUUACUUCAUCAAAAACAGGAAUGUUUUUUUCUAGUGUAGAACAAACAAGCCUGCAGACAAAUAACACUCAAUUAACAUUUACAGCAGAAUCUAUGAGCAUGAAACCAUUCCAAUCAUCUACAAGUGAAAGUGGUUUAACACUGAAACCUAUACUAUCCACAACAGGUACAACUUCUCGAUCUACUAUAACAGAAGGACAAAGUAUCUCAAAAUUCACUUCAUCUAUAAUAGGAAUGUCUUCCUCUAGUGUAGAACAAACAAGCCAGCAGAGACAAACCAUUAUUUCAACUUCAGUCACAGAACUACAUUCAACACCAUCAAUUAAUUCAACAUUUCCACAAUUGGAAAGUACUGGAACAAUUUCUUCAGACUCACCAACCUCACCCACUAAUCCUAACUCACAACAAACAAUUACCCAGUUUUUUACCGCCCAAACAUUUAAUAUUUCUACAUCAUUCCAGUCAAGUGCCUCUGCUCCAACUAGCACCCAGAAAACGUCAUCAAAAUCAACAGAAUCUCAUACAGUUGCAACAACUCAAAACUGUCUAGACAAUUGUCAGUGUAAUGGGUCCCCAUGUAUCUUCAAUGUAACAUCUGGGAAAUGUCGGUGUAAAUGCAGUCCUUUCACUUUUGGAGAUUCUUGCAAUUUUGCAAAUGAUUCUUCCACGGUUACUUGGUCUGAAAGCACUCCCACAAGGAAUGCAAGUAUCUCUCUCAGAAUUAUAAUGGACUAUCUUACAGAGUAUGAAAAUUUGAUCUCUCCAGAAUCAAAAAAACUAAUUUCCAUCAUAAAACGUGAGCUUUCAAUCCUUUGUAAAAGAGCAGAUACACAAAACUUCAAGGAUGUGCACAUACGUAGGCUAACGCAAGGCAGUGUAAUUGCAGAAAGUAUUGCAGUGUAUAACUAUCCUAACAACAACUCACAAAUAAUGUUUCUGAAUAACGAUUUGGAACCCACCUUGGAAAAAAUCUUUAAUGAUUCAGAUUCAUUUAAAAAUCUCAGCAUAGCUCUUGGAAAUGUUUUCAUCCAAGAUGCCCGAAUUACCAUGGAGCCAGUUACAAUAUCAAAUAUAACAGAUCUACGUCCAUUUGUGCAAUGCACAGUGAAUUUUGCAAACAUAACACCAGAGAUUGAAGAUAAUGAAUGGGUGUGUGUGGGACCAUGCAAAAAAUAUCCCAAAUUCUGUAAUCAACAAGGUGAAUGCCGAAAUGCAAUAAAUGGACCACAGUGCAGGUGUAACAGUUCUGCCUUUGAGGAGUACUAUGGAGCUCAGUGUGAGCUUUACAGCAGAGGAGCCGGUUUCUAUGCUGUUCUCUUUGGCUGUUUAGCAGCUUUUGCUCUACUUAUCAUUGUCUUGGCUGCGAUGAUUGUGGUGCUCUACAGAGCCAAGAAGAGCAGAACAUCAAGCAAAAGGAGAUUAUCGUUUUUUGAUGAUGACUUCUUUGAUUUUACAUCAAGAGGAUCAACAGACAGAGGUUGUGGGCAUCAAAACUUUUCAGUCACAGAAGAUUCAGAAUCUGGGUCUUUCAGCUCAUACAAUGAAAAAAAACCUGUACGAUAAAAGAGCAACUGAAGUGAAGUGGUGGGAUGUCUGAUGAACAGAACUUUUAUGAAAAGACAUUAUUUAAAAUAUUCUUAAAAAAAACUUGCCCACUCAGGAAGUCAACAUAAUAAUGCAUACAUUUGCUACACAAGAACAAUGUAUAAAGUCACUUAUAAACUCAAACGCAUUUAUCUGCAAACCAGCACAUGCAUAGAUCAAUAAUUAACACAUUUGUAAUUAAAUAUGUGGGGGUUGUUAAAAUAUGAUCCAGAGCAUUACACAAGCACUCACCAGACAACAGGAGUGACGCCACCGACGCAAUCACAAAAGCACCCUGUUGCACACAUGCCUUGUAUUUUUUAUGAUUUUUAUGAUUUCUGUUAUGCUUCAGUAAAGGGCACACUUUUUAUGGUUUGUGGUUUAUGGUUUAUCUUGUAAAAUCCUUUAAAAUAUCAGCAACAAUAGUGGAAUAUAAGGAAGAAAAGGAGGAAUGCAAAAAGAUUUUUAAUGUUUGUUUUUGUUGACUGUACUCUGCAUAACUGUUUAUUUUCUAUUGGUUUUGAUAUCAUAGCAGGGUUUUGCUUGUUUACACGGGGGAGGCAUUUAAUUUAACAUAUUAAAUAUUUUUGUGAAAUCAUAUUUAUAGUGAAAACAGCUGUGCUGAAUAUACAGUAUCACAGGUUUUUAUUUAUUUUAUUUUUUUAUUUUUUUUACGAAAAACAAAGCAUACAUGUGUUACUAUUUAUUGGCUACACUGAACAUCAUGUUCAUCAAAAAAAUGUCACUAGGAGGCACUACAGACUUAAUUAUAAUCUAUGCUGUCUUCCCCUGUUUGGCUGAUGUUAUUAUUUGUAAUUGUAGGUUGGUCCAUCUCAAACUCUCCAGUCCUAUUUCGAUUUCAAAAUAAAAACAUAUAUCUAACAUACCACGUUUAGAACUUUGUACUGCUUUAACACUUUCAUAAUACAAAAAAGUUCUAAAUGUUAUUAGCGCUGACACACUGCAUUGCACAGAUUGAUUAAUCUGUUCUAAUAAACCUCACUAAAUUGUUUAAAUAAACAUUUCAUUAAAUUGAAGCUGUAUGCAAAUAUGCCACACCUGCAUGAUCACAUAUUAUGCUUGUCUGCUAUGGACAAAUAAAAUAAUAUUCUAAUCAUACAUCAUCUUUUUUGAGUAUACAAAAUAUUAAUAAGUCACCUAACAUUAGCCAAAUUUUCUCAGCACUGACUAGGAAGUUAAUUAUUCUUGCAAUACAUUUAAACCCUUUGUGUGGUAAUUAGCCACACUAGUCAUAAGCUUACUUUUUCAGAUUUUAUUUUUUUCAGUCACUAUUAAAAUGCUGUAAAUAUGGCAAAGAAUAAAAGGAAAGGGGAAAAAUAUUUGAGGGGGGGGAUAGGGUGUGAUUUUGGUUUAGUCUUAAGUAAUUAUAAUUAGCUUUAUAUAAACCAAUAGAAGUGUGUCCCCAUAUAUGUGUGUGUGUGUGUGAGUAAGUGAAUGUUUUCAUUGGGUUGACAGAUAAUAGUCAGGGCCAUCUAAACUAGUUGUUUGCUUUAUUUGGACCUUAAUGUAUGUGGUUCAACCAUAGAUCCUCCCUAUUGUCUGCUUUUGAUCGAGCUGUGAUUAAUCAGGAAGUUUAUCUUUUUUUUUAAGAGUUGAAU